GGACAGUAGAGCUCCAGGAACAGAAUUGAGCAGCCCUGGAACCCAUAGAUAUACAGUGUUUUACGAGUUGUACGGUAUAAACUGCGUACUCAGACUGAGGUCAUAGGUAAUCAGUGCAACACGAAUUUCUGCUGUUGGACCGACUGGAACGCGUAUUAGUAGGUGUUAUUUUGUGUGUAAAAACGUUAGUUUACAGUAAACCUCCUACUUCCAAAAUGAAAACUUGGUUCUAACUAUACAAAUCGAUGUAAUGUGCACAUACUACUAGCAAUGAGUUAUUUCACGACCUCUCAUUUGGUAAACAAGUCCAUGUUGCGUCUGUAUCUCAAUAUUACAUCAAAGAUAAAUGGGUUCAUCAUAUUCAAACAUCAACAGCAAGGAGCUUUGUGUCUUGCUCCAUGGCUCACGGAUGUCCACAUUCCACCUCCGACACAACACAGGACAGUCUGCUGGACUGGAGCUCGAGGACUGUUCUUCAGGGGUGGAGGGGGGACCUCCAAACAGCAGACCCUCGAGGACCUGGCUAAAAGUGUCAGAAACGGAAAGUACAAGAGGAUUGUAGUGAUGGCUGGUGCGGGCAUCAGCACGCCAAGUGGCAUUCCAGACUUCAGAUCCCCUGGCAGUGGUUUGUAUGACAAUCUCCAGCAGUAUAAUCUACCUUAUGCCGAAGCCAUCUUCGAGAUCAACUUCUUCCACCAUAACCCCAACCCCUUCUUUGCCCUGGCCAAGGAGCUGUACCCAGGGGCCUACCAACCCAACCUUACACACUACUUUGUUCGCCUCCUACAUGACAAGGGCCAGCUCCUCAGGAUGUACACCCAGAAUAUCGAUGGCCUGGAGCGAUUGGCGGGAAUCCCUCCUGAGAAGCUGGUGGAAGCUCAUGGCACCUUUGCUACUGCUACCUGUACAGUGUGUCGAAGGGACUUCAAGGGGGAGGAGCUACGUCCUGAUAUAAUGAAGGGGUCUAUACCAAAAUGUCCCACCUGUAAGGGAGUGGUAAAGCCUGAUAUUGUCUUCUUUGGAGAGGAACUGCCUCCUCACUUCUUCAGCUACCUGAAAGACUUCCCCCUGGCAGACCUUCUCAUUAUCAUGGGGACAUCUUUGGAGGUGGAGCCCUUUGCCAGCUUAGCAGGAGCGGUGAGAAGUUCUGUCCCUCGGCUGCUCCUCAACAGGGACCUGGUGGGGCCCUUCACUUGGGGGACCCCGCGGCGCAAUGACGUGGCCCAGCUAGGGGACGUGGUUGGGGGUGUGCAGGCCCUGGUGGACGCUCUGGGCUGGAACCACGAGCUUGAGGCUCUAAUGGCUGCUGGCGCUGAGAAGGGACUGGAUUGAGUCUGUCACAGACUAGAUUGAAAUGGGAUUGAGUCUGUCACUGUCAACUUAGAUUCCAGUCCGGAUGCCUCCGCCACCAGAUUCAUAGCUUAUGGACAACGUCAUUCUACUCUGCAGAAAACCUGGAAUGAACAAACACUUUUCAAUUUACACCUACACAUUGUGACCUCAGCACAACAUUGAUGCAGUAACAGUGACCUGCCUGGGUCUUGCAGAACAACAACGGGACAUGGAUGAGGUGCCGAGGUCAACUCCAUGUUGAGCCUUAGGGGACAGAGGAAGGAUGAAUAACUCAGUCAAAACUCUGGUCUAACAAAGUGGGGGGUCGCCAAAUCCAUUAUUUAUUUAUAGUAUCGGGCAGACAAUGUGGUUUUUCAAGCCUGAUUUUUAUGCGUUGCCUUUAGAUGUUUUCCUUUUCAGGUUGAUUUUGAAGCUGUAAUUCAGUGGAUAACAUAUGUUGGGGUUGACUUCCAUACCCACAUUACUCUUUCAUUUUACAUCAGCAUAGUGUGAAAUACACACAUGAAAUGUGGGCUAAUUUUGCUGGGGGUCAACGCGUAGAUUAACAAUCUUUCCAUGACAUUUCAAUUAUUUGAGUGUUGUUCCAUUGACCUCUAACUGGAUGUAUUAAGAGUAGUAUUAUUUUGUAUUAGUUGUGUAAAAUAUAAAUAUUAUAUCUUAGUAUGUAAGCUCAUUAUUUUAAGCUCAUUAUUUCACUUUACUGAAUAGUUCUUUGGGUAAAGGGUUAACAGAAAGGAGCAGUUUUUCUUUUGUGUCAACAUCAACCAGACACUGCUGUUAAUCAUUGCCCCUAGAAACAAAUCUAAUCAGCUUUUCUGACACUGCAGUCAAAAGGCACUAAGCUAUUAAUAAAGUUGAAAAAUUA